UGUGUUCAAAUAAAUAAAUAAAUGUUUAUUUUCCGUUCAUUGAUAACUAGGGCCACAGUGUCAAUCUCUCAUUGGUGCUUUUGUUGGACAGUGGGAAACUGGAAAGUUGCAAAGGUCUAUUUGAUAUACGCAAAUAGCUUGUAUACCGUAUAGCUAAACUUUAAGGGAUUUUACUAAAAUCCUUUAUGGAAGAGUUUUAAAUUAGAUGUAAAACAGUCUGUCUUUGAAUGAACUUGCUCCACUGUCUAUAAAUGUACGUUAGUAACUCUGUCUGAGAUAUAAAUGAAUCUGCUGUUAAUAUCAAAGCACUUGGCGAGUACAAAUAUUACCGUGCGAGCCUACAUUUACUUACGAGGUUUACAAAAAGUCAAAUUACUACUACUGUUUACAAGAAUUUCUUUGGUCAGUGAUAAACUAUUUUCUGAAAAUCCGAUUUGAACAGUCAUUUCAUCUGUUAAUUAAUUAAUUAAUCCUACUUUGAGUACAAUACAAAAUAAUAACAAAGGAUCUUGAAAAAUAAAUAAAUGUCAGGGAAUUUCGAUCGAAAUCAAAGAAGCAGAUCAAGGUUUUUUGGAAUCCAAGACUAUGAUGAUAAUGAUGUUUUCCAAUCGAAUGAGGAUAACGGGAAUUGUGGCACAUUUACGAAUACCUCUACAACAGCAAGCGGUUAUAGUAGUUGUUUUACGAAUAACAUUACUGAUGAUAAUGACAGUCAAACAAUAUUUCAAUUUGAUGAAAUGUUUGGACAAAACACUUGUCAAGAUGUAGAUCAAUGUUGGAGUAGUAGUUUAUCUGACAGUCCUCCAUUAGGUCGUCCACGAAGAGCAAAUCCCAAACCGUUAACUGGUCGAUAUGAAGUUGAAUUUCCAGGUAUAUUUGUUGAAGGAUUUCGUGGAGGUCAUGUGAAAUUUAAUAUACCUGGAGUACUACAGGGUUCUCUGAAACCUACCGACUCAAUGAUAGUGAAAAUCAACGUACCAAGUCCUGAACAUUUCCAUCUAUCUGAAGUGUAUGAUCAGUCGUCAUUUAGGAAUUCUCCACAAACAGAAGGAGUUUCUCAGAAUAGAGAAACUUCUACUGUAAGUACAAGUCGUUUUGCUACCUCAUGUUUUGAACAAAACACACAUCAGACGAUGUCGGGUCAUCACAGCACUACAAUGCCUUAUACUUCAGAUAUACUUUCAAACCUCCAUUCUAAUAAUCCAAAUCCUAGUGAUUCAUAUCAGUUAAAUUCUACAGAUACUAAUAAAUCUGAUGCUCAUCUAUUACGUUGUGGUACUACUACUGAAUGUUCCACUAUUUCGUCAAAUCCCUGUUCUUCCAGUCGUUUCCCUAGUGUUUAUGAAAGAAUCUCUACAGAUUCCGGUCUACCAUCAAAUUAUUUAAUGCGUCCAGUAAUCUCUGGUCAUAGCAAGAUUGUCGAAGAAGAUAACAGUAAUGAUAGAAGUGGUUUUGAUAUUGGUGACGGAGAGCGGAAUCCAGUUAACUUUGGUAAUGGAAAUCAUCAACUAUCUCGUUUUGGACAAUUCGGUACUUAAUGAAAGAUUAUUAUUAUCAUUAUUAUUACUAUUAUUAUCAUUAUUAUUACUUUCUGUCCAAUUAAAAUUUAUUCUAUAGACAAUGCAUUUUUUCCAAGUGUUAUUUUUUCUAUUUUGAAUACUUAUUGUGCUGUUUAUGACUAUUAUUAUUAUAUUGUUAUUAUUAUUAAUAUUAAUAUUGUUAUUCUUCCUUACCCCGUUGAUUAUUGGUACCAGACCAUUGCACUUCUCAGUCACUACACACUAUCCUCAUCACUAUGAGUGAAUUCAACUUUAUCUUAUUUUAUAUUUGGAGUUAGAAUUCUUUUUAUUUGAAGAACUUCAGCUCAUCAAGGAACUAGUUAAUUUUUCUAUACUCAGGUAUAUGUAGCUUACAUUAUACAGAUAUAUAUUUAUUAGUUUCUAUUUUGUGAUCGUAAAUAUAUAUAUAUAUAUAUAUA